AUGGACCGUAUACGCAGUAUUGGAGAUUUUCUGAAGAAGAAGAAGGAAGAUAAAGGUUUUUAUCUUAAAGUUGGGAUUGGCGUUGGAGUGUUCGUGUUGGCGCUAGUCAUCAUCAUAGUGGUUGCCGCGGUUGUGCCGAAAUCCGGAAGUGACGAACAAGAUCCAAAGUCAGCAAGACAAGGGACGACCACUGAUCCAACAGCGCAGUCCAGGGUGUACGAGAUCCCCAACCAGUUUCUUGUGAAUCUCGUGGGACGAGACGUCAACGCUGUACUUGCUGUCGACGACGACGCGCAGAUUUACGUCAUUCAGACAGAUGAAAUAUACAAAAAUGUCUACGUCAUCCUCAACUUUAAACAGAGAUCUCAAAUCUUUCUUGGCAUUCGAAAGAUCGCCAAUCCCAUCCUGACUAAGGUCAACGAAGGUCAGAUACUAUUCUGUUAUCCCAGCAGAUUUGAGAACGAAUUCACAGGGCGGUUUGUUUCAUCUUCAGCCGUGCAGAACAAUGGAGCCACACAGUCAUUCAGACUCGGAGGGAGAACGUUUGAUAUCGGUGUCAGGUCUGUCGGCGUCCCGCUUGUCUUGUCUGCUCUCAUUGGUUCCGUCAUUAACCAAUCAUGUGAUGCCAUUCGAAGUGAUGCAUUUUUAAAAUGGGAUGAAAAAUUGACCGAGUGCUCGGGCAACACCACAGAGGUUUCCAAUGCUGCAUGUCCCACAGAACGGUGUCGACCAGCUCAGUUUGAAGACGAAGUGCUCACGCCGAAGCAGGCUUGUAGGGAAUUUACGAAAUGUAACUACGUCAUGGGUAAAUGUGAGACAUUUUGGGCUCAAUCCACGUACGACGGGAGACCCUAUUGCUCAUGUCGGCAAGCUCUGGGGAGACGGGUGGACGAGAUGAACUGUCCAAUACCGAACAGUGACCCCGACGAAUGUGAAACCAAACGACGAGACAUUUCUGAAUUCGAGCAGAGCAGUCCUUGUUACUGCAGAUACAGUGUUCAGAGGAUACAUCCGUUUCGACCGCGCAGGACAGGAAGUGUCUCACCGGAAGACAGUAUCACAUGGCGCGUUAAUUCAGUGACUGUGCCAGCCAUAGCUAAAUCAUCUAGAGAGUGUGUUUGUGAAUAAGAUGGCCGUCAAUAUUUGUAGCUGGUCUAAUUGAAAUCGGAUCUUACUGGCUGUCUACGGUGAAUAUCUCAGUUAGUAGAUCGAGCCAAUGACAGUGUUAGGACGUGAUCACAUGACCCUUCCUUCGACCGGUCAAAAAACAUAUUAGAUCUAUUAACAGACAACACAGCCAGUAAGAUCUUAUUUCAGCCAGGUUGAAUUUGAAGCAUAAUUAUUAAAAUUUUAAAUAAUGAAGUUUUUUUUAAAUAAUGAGAAAUUAGUUUACCCUACGAUUGGUUGGCGUAUUGUUUUAUAACCGAUGUCUGUGUUCGACAAAAAUUGAAAGAGGAACCGAUAGAAAAGUAGAAUCACUAAGGACCGAAUUUAUUUGAAAUACUGCACAUUAUGUUGUUUUUUAUCAGUUGUUGUACUGAGAUUUAUUUGAUAUGGACAUAAUAACAUGAAUUAUAUUUUAUGUUGUCAUAUUAUAAAAUGUGUCUUAGCAAGAAACGGCUUGUUAUGGCUUUACCCCAUACACGUGUAAUGCUAAGUACUGCAUCCUCGUUACGUUGUUCAAUUCUUCUAAAUCAAUAUUGGGGAUGUAAACCUUCCAUCGAUGAAAAUGGGUGGGGACUAAGCAGGACUACGGGCAUAAGCACAACAGUUGUGUUAUCCAUCUUAGAUUUAAUAAAUAUAUGUACUUCGAUAUUGUUAAAAAGACAAGAAUACAGACUGUUAUUUGAAAUUGGGUAUUGUCACUGUUCUGAUCGUGAUACGUGAGUGCACACCAUAACCGUUAAAACAUCCACUGAUCUCUGUACUCCUAAAGACAACGUAGGAAGAAUAUAUCCUUCUGAGUGGAUGCCCUAUAAAAGAAA